AUGCUUCAGGUGAAUCAGAGACUCGCUAAGAAGUCAUGGUUUGGAAACUUCAUUAACCUGGACAAAGAGGAACAAAUAUUCGUCGUCAUUAGAGACAAGCCUCUGAGCUCUAUCAAAGCAGACAUUGUGCACGCCUUCCUCUCGAUACCCAGUUUGAGUCACAGCGUCAUCUCACAGACGAGUUUCCGUGCAGAGUACAAAUCGGUCGGAGGUCCAACCGUCUUCCAAAAACCUGUGAAGUUCCAAGUGGAUAUCACAUACGCAGAGGGGAGCGAAGCACAGAAAGAGAACGGAAUUUAUUCUGUCACGUUCACAUUAAUGUCAGGGCCCAGUCGCAGGUUUAAGAGAGUUGUGGAAACGAUCCAAGCACAGUUAUUAAGUGCCCACGAUCAACCCUUGGUUCAGGCACUUGCAGAUGAAAAAAAUGGCCAAGUUAGUCAUCCUUCAGGAACUCCAAUCCGAGGGGCCCAAAGCAUGCCCAGAGCGUGGAACGAUUCAGAGUCUGUGGAGCAUUUCAAACGAGGUGACUCCAAACAUUCAUCCUCCUUGAAAGAGAAACCCAAGCUUUUAUCUUCCAAUGGCACACAAAGUCAACCGUAAAAAAAAGGGAAAAAAAAAGAAAAAAAACUUUUGGAAAAUGAGGCAUCUCACACAAUGUUUGUGAGGAUGUAAAUACCUUUAAACAUGAAGGAAAAAUGGAACUGAAUACGACCUCUAUAGUCCCAUUUCAUUUUAUUAUUUAAAGAUUUAAGGGCCGUGACCUGAGGUUCAGGCUUCUGCCUUCUGAGUUAAUUUACCCAUGAUGCUCAUAUUUGCUUCAGGAAAUCGUGGGACCUAUUUCCACAGUAACUGUAUUCAACCCAGUAUAUCAACGGGGACUGAUGGUUUCAAGGCUUUAUGCCUCUACAAAACAUACUCCAUGCAAACUCCAUGCACCUUCCCACUGGAAGACGGGAAUGUGGGUUGCGAGGGAAAACCGCUUACCACUCAGAUCCAAAGCGGAUCCAGCCAGGAAACUUAGCGGAAUCCUUGUCCAAUUUGCAUCCAGCACUUUGUAGCCUUGUGGAUCGGAUCGGUUCAGAUAACAGUCAAAGGAAAAGCGAGUAGUUUUACACCGUUAUUUCCCACUUUAUUGUCGACACAGCAGGCUGCUAGAACUAGUCCUGUUUUAUGCACCUAUCGCCCACACGAGAGACUUAUAUGACCCAGCACAACCGAAGCACAAACUGUCGUUCAAUACUAUUAUUAAUUCAACGGCUUUGAAAGUUCAAGUAAAAAUUCUUGUUUGAAAACUCAUGAAACACUUCAACGGUUAACCGCCUUCUCCAUCCUGGCUUUGGGCCACUGAUUGUGGAGAAACUCACUCCCAGAAUGUUGUGUUUACGUCGUUGUCCAGGGGCGACUUUACUUUCUGCUCUGCUUCUGCCACAAUUGUGGACAAGCUUCCCAUUACAAAUGAACCUGGGAUGCCUCCAUUAUUUAUAAUACAGCGAUGGGUAUGUCCUGCAGCUCAGCAUUCCGAAUGUCUUUAGAAUACAUACUGUUUAUAUUGGAACAUUGGGCCUCAUCUCUGACCUCUUUGUGUUCUAGACCAGAAUGUAAGAUAUGGUGACGAAUCACAGGAAUUGGGGCUAGAAAUGAGUUUGGCUCUGGUGCAGUGCUUAGGAUCAGGAGGUGGCCAUUCAUUUAGAUUGUCUCUUCAAAACGUGGGAGCUCCAGGAAGUUAUUUUCAACCUGUUCAACACACAGGGGUUAGAACUGGACUGAGAGAAAUUGACAGGGAUGAGCUAGAGAUCAAGACAGGUAAAGGUAAGGGGAUUGAUUUUAACUCUUGCCCUGUGGCAGGGAACAGGUAGCAUCAUGUUGGAUUUACACUAUGACUAAUCUUCUUUCAAGACGGGAAUUAUAAAAAUCCAGGCAAAAUUGUUAAAUGUAUCAGCCAAGAGAUGCAGAGGUCACCUUCCAUUGAGUUAGAAGCAAGAACUUUAAUAUACAGUCACUUGGUCAUAAAGAACUUGUCAAAAAAGGAGACAUUUUGCCAAAGCCUUUCAUCAUGCACUCAGUACAUAGCAAAAAUGCCAAAUUUCAAACGAUGGCAACAAUUUAUAGUGCAGGUAAAAAGAUGGCUGAUUGGUUGGCAAGUUGACUCUGAUUGGCUGGGGCACUGCCCCAUGGAGAAAGUAGCCAAAAGCAAGCUCCAGGGUAAUUCAGAAAAAGUACAAGACUUGAACCGUGUAUGAAUAGGUCACUUUGGAAGAAGGAAGAGAUUGAAGACUUGCAUCUUUUCUAAAUUACCCAGGACCUGUUAGGUUCUUGAUGCUUUCACCCUGGCUUUGCAUGGGCCAAUCAGUUUGCUUUCUUGUCAUUUUAAUUUGAAAUUUGGCAUUCAGAUUUUUGCCCUGAUGAGUGCAAGAUGAAAAGCAUUAGCAAUGUAUGUCUUUCCAGCUUUAACAUAAGCAAGUACAAAAUCUCUACCUUUUGGGCACCUAUAUAUUGCUGCUUCAAUAGUUGCGGAUUAUGAGAGCCCAACACAAGGUCUGCUGGUAAUUUUCUAAAGUGUCCCUGCCUUACUGAAGCCUCAGUCAUGAAGUCAAUCACCGACCAUUCCUCUCCUCAAUCUGAUACCAAUUCAGUUGUAAAGCAAGAUUACAGGCUAGCUACCAAAAACAUUUUUAUCCCCUUACUAGCAUUCCUGAGCCAAUGACUAUACCCAGGUUACUGAAAUUGACCAGCAAUUUGUGAUUGUUAGGACAGAGAAUGUUGGGAUGUGGUGAAGGAAGGCAGUCUGCUACACUACUCAAAUCACAAGACUGUCCCAACAUUAGGGCUGGUAUGUGUACUUGACCUGGUAAAUUUUCAGCUGAAAACUGAAAGCUGUCCACAAAAAAAAAAACACUUAUCUUUAAAUGAGGGAGACCAUUUGGCCAUCAAGCUAAUUAUCCCACAGCAACCCUCCCUGUUACGGUCACCUUGUGAAUAUCUGGCCUCCUGAACAGACCAUCUCUUUCAGAUUGUGCAAAGGGCUAACAUCUUGAGCCUCAACCUAUUUUUCACAAAGCAAAAGAAAAGCAGCCUCUCUACCUCUUGUGUUUUGCCUCCUGUUGGCAGAGCUUGUGGAAAAUGGCUGAGAAAAAUCAAAGGAAAGUAUCAAAAUAUAGUUGCUUGGUAAUACAAAACUCGGAUAGUGUGGAAUGGAAAGUUGUGUUGUUGAAGCUAUCUAUCUUGCACUUAUCAGGAGUGACACAAGAAUACCAAAUUUCAAAGGGAGCAACCAUUUCUACUGAAUGAAAAGAAAAGGGACCUAAUAGGCCACGGCAUGUCAUGGAAAAGCUUUUGCAGCUUGCCUCCUCUUCAAGCAACCAUCAACAUAGUUUAUAGAAACAGUGAGCCUCUCUCAUUAUUCCCCUUGAUGAGGUGAACAGGGAGAAGGGCUGUAGUGCAGGUUCAGACUCUAGGCUGGAUAGACAAAGCCUUCAUGCUGUCCUGUGUGUUUCUACUACCAAUAUUUCUUUCCUAGCCCCUUUCCUGAUCAUAGUUCCUGUAUGUUGAACUCCUGUAUGUACACAAUGUCCAAGUGUUUGUGUGUAUUUUUUUAUGUUGAUAAUAUGCAGUAAAGCUGAAUGUACUGUACAUCCAGUCCACAGAUUAUCUCUCAGUACAGAACUCGAAGAAUUCAAGUUUGCUAUGAACGAUUGCAAAAGCAGCAGGAUGUUUACGUGCAAGGUGGGGUUUUUCCUCCCCAGUCGCCACAUCUUUUAUUUGAUGCCAUCGAUAUAGUACUUCCUCAUCAACUGAACAAACUUGUAAAUUUGUAUAUGAAUUUAGUGGGCUAGUUUAAAUUAACAAAUAAAAGUCAUAUACGAGAAAUAA